CGGAGACCUACUUUGUUCGGAAAGAGGGUAUGAAUUCGCAGCACAAAAAGCAAGCAGGCGAGGGAGACAGUGAGGAAAGUUGGAAGAAAAAGAAGAACGUCGAACACGGGCACCUGGUGCUCAAGCUCUCACUAAUCGCGAAACUCUGGCACCGGAGACGGGCAAGCUCGCGAGAGAAAAUACACGCAGGGGCUGGCGUGAUCAAAUUUUCGAUUGUUGUGGCUCGAAACCGGCUAGCAUUUAGCCUUUCUCUUCGCUGCAGCUGUUUGGUUGUUCUUUGCGUGGACAUCGCUGUCCUGCGCCUCUUUGCUCUGUACUCCUUUUCGCAUCUGUAUUUAUUCCGCUGUUCCUAAAUGGCACCGAUGGCGAGUCUCGCGUCACUGCGGGUGUAUGACCUUACGGCGAUGGCUACACUUGGGCUGACACGGCUGUACGACAGCAUUGGUGCGCGUUUAGAGGGUGGCGUUGCGGCAGGCAUGGCCGGUUCCUCUGCGUCGCCAGUAACAGCAUCAACGCACACACAGAGCAGCCGCAGCAUUGAUACUGAGGAUCCGCGCGUACCUGGGUGCGAGCAUGCAUUCUCGGCUGGCAAGGAUGCAGCUGGAGGCGGCGACACAAUCAGCCAGAGAGCAGCACGAUCGACUAGAAAGAGGGUGCGCAGUAAAAACGGCCCACCAAUGCCAACUGGUGACGCCGCCAGGCUCACGAGCCCUAAUAGUGCACGGGCUAAGAAAGUGCGGAUCAGCAGUAGCCACGCAGAAACCCAGCUGAGAAGCGCGUUCGAGCGCGUUCGGGUCGAUGACCGCAGCGACAACGCCGGCGUCAGCAAUGGUGACGCAUGUGGCAACAAGACCCGCUCACAUAGCAGCCACGCUGGCACCAUGCAGCCGGCAAAUGACAGCUCAGAAAACACACAGCCUAAGGAGUACGGUGAGGUGUGGUUCAACCGGUACGUCAUAGUGGGGAAGCUUGGCGAGGGGGCUUUCAGCGAGGUCUUUUUGGCAGCAGAUCUUUUCAUUGACCGGAUGGGCAAGAAGCGCGACUGCACGCGGCUUGUGACGAUCAAACGCAUGAACAGUCGCGAUGGGCUGAUAGGCCUGUCUGAUUACCACGUCAUCUCCUUGCUCAACCGCAUGGAUCCAAAGUCCAGGGUCCCGAUUGUGCGCGCAUUCGACAUAUUCAGAUCCCCGUCGCAAAUGCCAGAAAGUAGCUACUCGGAAAGCCAGCACAGGGGUGAGGGUGACAGCGCAUUUAGUGCUAGUAGGAUGGAAUCGCUGGACGAGUCCGGCACAGAGAGCAGCUCGACAAUCACAAUCCGUGAGGCGCCAGACGCCCAGGUCUGUAUAGUGAUGGAGCCCUUGCUUGGCAAGACCCUGAACGAGGCAUUUCCAGCUCGAGUCAAAGAGAUAUAUGCAACAAACGACGAGGUAGUUGCAAAGCAGGUCCAUAUGGGCAUGAUUCAGGCGGUUGGCCGUCAGCUGCUGAUGGCUUUGGCGCACAUGCACAGCAACUCGCUGAUCCAUGCAGACAUCAAGUCUACCAAUGUCAUCUGUAUCGACAACAGCAGUCUGCGUGUCAAGCUGAUUGAUUUCGGAAAUGCAGUCAGCGAUGACGACGUUGCCGAGUACUACAAAACAUUCGAGAUCCAGACCGUGUGGUUCCGGGCACCCGAGGUUGUGUACCAGCAGCCGUUUGGCAGGGCCAUCGAUAUGUGGUCGAUCGCGUGCAUAUUGUGCGAGCUGUGGCUCGGGAGGUCCUUGUUUACCGAUAUGGAUAACCGUGGCUUAAUCCGAAGCAUGUGGAAGCUGCGCGGCCCACCGCCUGCCCGCAUAUACAGUGCAUCGCCUGUCUACAGAAAUCUGGCAAAGUCGUGGGGCGCCAGGCCGGGGGUUGGCCUUGCGACAGCAGCAGCACCAGGCCGACUAUAUGAUCUAUCUGCGCGGGGAAUCAAAAGCAGCCUGGACUGGGACCCGCACCUCAGAUGCCGGUGGCUCAAGUACUCGCUCCGCGUGGAUGACGAUGAUUUUGUUUCUCUAGUUGAUGCACUGCUCGAAUACGAUCCAGAGGAGAGGCUUACAGCCAGCGAGGCACUCAGACAUCCGUUCUUCCAAGGCGUGUAUGCGUAUUAGGUGGUAAAGCCAUUCUAUAUUAUCGAUUGCCACUGCUAGUAAGGGUUGAAUCUGCGUCCGCCGGCCGACUUUUUCGACCCCUCGGCAUUGCGUGACGGCAUCACUACUGGUGUGCUGGGCUUCUCGGUCGACCACAAGCUCAGGCGGCCAUCCUCGCCUCCAGACACAGCCCAACCGCCAGCGGCAUCCCAGUCAAACCC